AUGACGGAUCAUGAUGAUCUGAAGGCGGCAGUCGUCGGACUGGAAGUCGUCCUCGUCGCUAUCCUGACUGUCCCGGCUGCCGCACACCUCGUCGCUAGAACGAAGCUCCUAAAAGCCAGUGGCUAUGGCACAGUAACAGGUUUCUACGAGGACAGAGAUGGAGAAGCCACGGAAGAAUCGACCCUGGGGUAUUCGGACCUGCCCUCCCGGGCCGCCGCAUGGCUGAGCUCCACCCUCGGCUUGGCUGCCGCAAUCGUGGCCGCUGUGUUGGUGCAGAAGACGGAUUCGUCAGAAGAGGUCGGAUCAGCUCUUUCUGCUUUCUUGAGCACAUGGGCAGACGGCUUGUGCUGGCUUCUCCAGGCCAUCGCCGCUCUCGUGGCUUUCUUCGCACUAGGCUCUGUUCCCCGGAGACCGGACGUCUACUUCAAAGGAACGGUGGUAGAUCAACAGUACACUGUCUCGCUGCUAUCCAAGAUCUCCUUCUCAUGGAACAGCCUCGUUUUCGACAUCUCAAGGCGGCGGCAGCUGGAGAUGGAAGACCUGCCCCAGCUCGACUAUAUGAACCGUUCCUCGAACCUCCACCGCAUGUUCAAUGAGAAGAAGACCGAGGGGCGCCUGUGGUGGAAGCUCUUCAAGUUCCACUGGUUUGAGUUGGCACAGCAGUGGGGCCUGGUGCUCAUCGAGGCGGUCUUGGCGUUGUUUCCGCAGUACGUGAUGUAUAAUCUCCUCCAGCGCCUCGAACAGCCGAGGACGCCGGAGACCGGGCUCUCGACCAACCUGGCGUGGGUUCUAGCGCUCAGCUUAAGUCUGGCCCUGGACAGCAUUGUCGGCAGCGUAAUGAGCUGGUGGACUAAUAGCCAUCUCGUCAUACCCAUGAAUUCGGUGCUGCAGACGCUAGUAUUCAGCAAGGCAUUAAAGGAGCACGAAACGGCGAUGCCUCCUCCCCAGGCGCAGGACGAGAAGAGCGACGCCAGCGACAGCUCCAAGAAGGAUGCGAAUGCUAAGAAUCAGAACAAGAAAGAUGCAGAUGGGGCACCCAAGAGCCCAAACAAAAAAGAUGAAGUUCGGCAGUCUGUUAUCAACCAUAUGAAGCUGGAUUCAGGGCGAGUGACAAUGUUUUGUUCCUUUAAUUAUUACCUCCCCUUGGCUUUGGUCAAGCUUGUGCUGGCAGGUGGAUUCUUGAUGACUCUCCUGGGUUGGAAAGCCGUCCUUGCGGGCCUCGCCUCGGCGGCGUUGGUCAUUCCCCUGAAUACUUGGAUAUCCAAGAAAUACGCAAAGAUCCAAUUUGGCCUCAUGAAGUAUCGCGAUGGCAAGGUUCAUCUUCUUACUGAAGCCCUUCAGGGCAUGCGACAGAUCAAGUACUCGGCCCUAGAACAACACUGGGAGGACAAGAUCAUGCAGAGCCGAAGUGACGAGCUGGGACAGUACUGGAAAGCAUCCUUGUUCAUGUGUGCUGUCAUUCUCGUUAUGAACAUGGGUCCUCUGCUCCUUGCUUGUGUCGCGCAGUCUGUGUACGCCUGGGAACAGGGUGGAAACAUCAAAGCCUCGGUCAUCUUCGCGUCACUCGGCCUCUUCGACCAGCUUGACGAAGCGACCGCCCUCUUGCCCCUGCUUCAGGUGUACAUGAUGGAAGCUUGGACAAGCUGUGUGCGACUGGAGAAAUACCUGAGACAGCCUGACAAGGAGCCCGUCACCACCGCAGGGGACGCCAUUAUACUGGAGGAGGCGACUGUAGCUUGGCCCAAAAAAGAGGAUGCAGAUGAGGAAGGUCCUGUUGAGCCGACCGAGGCACGGUCCAUGUUGCACAACAUUUCGCUUCAGUUCCCGGGGGGCAAACUGUCUGUGGUAUCUGGCAAGACCGGUUCUGGCAAGUCAUUGCUUCUGGCGGCCAUUCUCGGAGAGGUGAAACUUAUCUCUGGGACCGUCAAAGUUCCCACCCCACCGCUGGAAGAAGAGCUUGACGAUGUGAAGCCCAUACCCGAAUCGGAGUGGCUCAUACCUUCGCUCACGGCUUUCGUAUCUCAGACGCCCUGGAUCGAAACAGGAACGGUACAAGCCAACAUCACAUUCGGCCUGCCCUUUGUUGAAUCACGCUAUCAGAAAGUCCUAGUAGCCUGUUCUUUGGAGAAGGAUAUCGAGCUUCUCGUCGAUGGAGACAAGACUGAGGUUGGACCCAAGGGUGUGACCCUGAGCGGUGGUCAACGCUGGCGGGUGGCGCUCGCAAGAGCGCUAUACUCUCGCGCAGGCAUUCUCAUUCUGGACGACGUUCUUUCCGCUGUCGAUGCCCAUGUUGGUCGUACCAUGCUUGACCAGGCCUUGACGGGAGAAUUGUCAGAUGGUCGAACCAGGAUCCUUGCCACACACCACGCGGAACUAUGUUUGCCAAAAGCCAGCUACCUCGUCCGUCUCCAUGAAGGCAGGUUGGAAAGCGCCGAGACUCUCAAUCCUUCGCACUUGGUUGUAAUUUCACCCAGUGGAUCAAAGCGCUCUUCAAUUCAGGACGAAAGUGAGACACAGACGGUGGCAGAUUCACAAGAGAACCAAGUCCCCUCCAGUCACACCACUAUCGUUCCGCUCGAGACUACUGCCGAUCAGAAGAAAUCCAAAUCCAAAGACGACGAGGAGAAGCGUGAGACGGGUCGCGUCAAGUGGAAGGUGUACAAGACGUAUCUCAAGGCCAGCAAAGCUCCAGUGCUCUGGACGUUCGUGUUCCUCCUCAUCAUCGCUGGCGGGCUUGCGAGUAUCGGCCGAGUCUGGAGUUUCAAGGCGCUCACAGAGAAUAUAGCGACUGAGGAUGAGAACAACCUGUCCAUAUUCUCGCACUAUGGACAUCAGUCAAUCCUCAUUCAGGCCCCUCACGCGGGGGUGCGCCACUCGGUUGCGUUCUGGAUCGGAAUGUCGGUCCUGUUUUAUGUCCUGAUGGUCUUCGCCAUGGUUAUACGAUCUCUUACCAUGACGGCAAUCGGUCUGCGUACAUCACAGAUCCUCUUCGAGAGGAUGACCCACGCCAUCUUGAGGGCACCGCUUAGUUGGGUCGACACCAACCCCUCGGGUCGGAUUAUGAAUCGCUUCACUACCGACAUGUUCAUGGUUGACAGACGACUUCCUGGUGAACUUGGCAACUUCAUACAAAGCAUCUUCUCGCUCAUUUUCACCAUCGCAGCAACCCUGUCCGUCUCUGUCUACGUGAUCCUGGCCGGAAUAGUGCUCAUGGCCAUGUACGCACGGGUAGCCAGCAUUUACAUCCAUGUCGCACGAGAGGUGAAGAGGAUCAACUCGAUCUCGAACUCCCCGAUAUAUGACCAGUUCAGCUCCGUGCUGUCGGGACUCUCAACGGUCCGGGCCUUUCAGCGUACCAAUUUCUACAUGAACCGGAUGUUCAACCUCAUUGAUAACUCCAACAAGGCCAGCUGGGCCCAGAACUUGUCUGGCAGGUGGAUGAGUUUCAGGCUCUCGAUGAUAGGCACCGUCUUUGUAACCAUCGUCGCGAUCGUAGCUGUGAGCGGGCACGUCGAUGCCGCAGUUGCAGGAUUCAGUCUGACUUUCGCACUGAGGUAUUCUUGGCGGUUGUCGGGACUCCUGCAAAGCAUGACGUCCAUCGAGCUCAGCUUCAACGCAACGGAGCGUGUCGUCGAGUACUCGGAGAUCGAGACAGAGCCUGAGGACGGGAAGGAUGCCCCAGCAGCGUGGCCGGCGGAGGGUAAAAUUGAGGUUGAGGAUUUGUCUGUCGCCUACAAGGAAAGUUUGCCGCCCGUGUUGAAGAAUCUCAACUUCGUUGUGAAGCCUGGUGAGCGCAUCGGUAUCAUCGGCCGCACUGGCGCUGGCAAGAGUACACUGGCGUCGGUCUUCUUCCGCCUCCUCAAGCCACGGCAAGGUUCUGUCCGGAUCGACAACAUCGACAUAGCCGAGCUGAAGCUGACGCAUCUGCGAAGCCGACUCGCCAUCAUCCCGCAGGACCCUUUCCUCUUCUCGGGGUCACUGCGGUCGAAUCUGGAUAUGGAGGGUAACAGAGAUGACUACGAGAUACAGACGACGCUCCAGCGGGUACACCUCGCCAAGCCGCAGCCAUCAGAUGCUGAGAGGACGAGCACCCAAGCUGCUGUAGCCUCACACGAAGAAACCUUCGUCUCCACCACAGAGACUGUCGGCAUUCCCACAAAUGCCGGGGUCGCAGCCCCGGCUCCAGACGUCGAGAGCCUGGACAUCGCCCCAUCUGCAGCCAUCGUGACAGCCACGGUUUCCAAUGAUCAGCCAGCGACCUCGUCGUCGUCCUCCGCCACCAAUGACAGCACCGACAUCUUCAACAACCUGUCCAUGGAGAUUUCGACGGGCGGCGGUAACCUCUCGCAGGGCCAGCGGCAGCUCGUGUGCCUCGCACGGGCGCUGCUCACCAGGCCCAAGAUCGUGAUCAUGGACGAGGCCACGUCCGCCGUCGACAGGGCUACGGACGCGGCGAUCCAAUCCAGCCUGCGGGACUCGUUCGCCGCGGCAGGGUGCACGGUGCUGGUGAUUGCACACCGCUUGAGCACCGUCGCGGACUUUGACAAGAUUCUCGUGCUGGACAAGGGGCGGAUGGCCGAGAUGGGGACGCCGAAGGAGUUGCUCGAGAGAGGCAUGGCGAGGGAUGAGAAACGUGCCUCGGAAAGGGGAGGGAACGGGGUUGGCAGUGGAGAUGGUGAUGAGAAUGGGAAAAAGGUUGCUGCUGAUGCUGAAGAGGAGGAGUUUGAUGGCACUGGGGCUUUCUGGGAUCUGGUGCAGAGUAGUGCGGAGAAGGACAAAUUGGUAGAGAUGGUGCUUGGGGCUGGAGAGGCUGCGUAG